ACAAUGAAGAGUGCGUUACAGAAAGAAGUGGAAGGGCAAGGUCCUGAUCUGAAAAUGCAUGAGACAACAACGAACAAAGCUACAAGUAGCAACUACGUCAUGGAGACCUCCAAGGAACACAUGUUCGCAGUACGAGGCAGAAGAACUCCAUUUUCUGCAAGGUGAAGCACUGAUCACGUUCUUCAUCCGUCAAAUAUUACCUCCAAAGGGAGGAUUGCUUCUUGUCAGGGACCAGGACCAAGCCCAAGGGAGGCCUACACGACCGGUCGUGUCGGCGAGCUUUUGACCAUGUUGAAGAAGAGACGAGCAACAUCCGCAUUGCUGGUGCUGCGGAAACUUUUGGUCGUUGUUGCAUUGCUCGCGCCGCUUGUCUGCGUUUUUUUUAACAGAGGCUUCUUCGUGGAUCUGCAAAGGUCGUCACAAGCUGCAAGUGAAAAAGGUCGUGCACGAAGUACUGAGUCCAAUCUUGUUCUUAAGCUGCAACAUACUUAUAAAUAUAUAUGAGAUGCACCCC